GGAGGGGGGGGGGUGUUUGAUACCUUGCCUAAGCAAUAGUUUUGAUUUUGUGAGAUUUGAAUACUUGUAGUUUGAUCUUCUAAUCUGUGGAAUCAGUAAAGAGACAAUGAUCUGGAUUAUAGCUAUUAGUAAUCACUUCUCACAUUUGGAUGAAACUUUCUGUGCAAAUCCUCUGUUCACUCUCUUACAUACUUGCAUCUCGUUCUGCAUACAAAUCUAUGCAGACAUUUCUGACAGUCAAAUAGGACGGGCAACUAUUUGAACAGAUAUUGAUGAUCUCCCUCCUCUUUGGGGUAUUUCCAACCUCCCAAAAAAAAUUUGCUCACUGUUAUUAAUCCAGAGGUGUAUAGCUUGAUUAGAAGAAGCAAAUUAUUUACUGUACACUUGAGUAGUGGAUGCUAACUGUAAGUGCGGCCAGUAAACUCUGAUGUGAGGCAGAGAAGCCAUGCCUCUGCCACCGUUACAGUAAACAAAAUAGCAGUAAAAACUUGAUUAGAAAAGGCAGUAAUUAAAAGAUCUAAUAAUUUGAGGGAAGGGGCUAGGAAGGAAGGUAUGGAGCAUUUCUGUCCCGUAAUAUGGUGUGGAAAUGCCUUUGCAAAUAGGUCCAAGUUAUCUGUCUCACUAUGAACAGAUUCAAAUCAUGUUGAACAACUUGUAUAAAACAGAAACUUUGGAUGGUUUCCUUUUCUCACUAUAAAAGAGAUUAUAUAGAAGUUACAACAGUAAUGGAGAUUCUUCUGUCAGUCUAUUGUAGGCUUCUGCUGACGUUUUCUGGAGAGUCUGGUCCCCAUUUCACUCGUAGACAAUACACUAGAUUAUCCCUCAAUUCUUUGAUGCCUAAAAUGUCCUCUCUGUACCGUCCAGUUAAUACGUAGAACCAUAAGAUACACAAAUUAAUAUUAAGGAAAUUACUAUUGUCUUUGAAAACAAUUGUUCUUCUUUCCAUUUUCUCAGUUGGUUUGGUAUCUGGUCUAGGGGAUGGAGAUGGCAAUUCUUGUUUUUGUGAUGUACAUAUUUAUUAGAACACGCUGGGAGGUUUCUAUGGUCUGUGACUUUGAAUAUUUGGUGAAUUUAUGUCCUGGUAUUGCAGGCAUGCCAAGUUUACACCAUCUGUUAUCACUUUUAUGAUCACUCAUCCAAAAUCAGUUUUAGGAAAAUAAAUGUCUGUUGAGUGGUCAAUGUAGAAUAAUGUCGUAAUUGUACACGGCAAAGCUUCUACACAAGAAAUGGUUGAAAGUUAUAUGGCAACAGUUCACACUAGAAUUUGUUCUGUUAGGCUUCAGUUGACUGCAGUUUAGUACUGGACUACUGGUUUAACGAGUGCACACGCAUAUGAGUCUUAAGAACAUUGCUAUAGUUUCUUAGUUUCCUUUUACAGAAUGGUUUUUCUAGUUAUAUAUUGUGAUGUGAUUCUAUGACGAUAAGCAUUUGGUAAAUUAUUAAUACUUGAUGUGCAUAAUAUAUCAUUUUCUUUGUUGAGAUGAUGAUUUGAACUUAUGAUUUCCAUUUUCAUAAGUCAUCACUUAGAUUGAAACUAGUGAGUUACUUAAUUCACACUAAUGUUUUGCAGUCAUUUUUGAACAUUUUAUUUAAAAGUUUACAAGUUUUACUCAGCUCUAAUGUUCUGUAGUCAUUAUGGACACUUUAUUAACAUUACAACUUGGACUCUCAGAAGUUUCCUGCAAGAACUCUAUUAAUCAAAAGGAGGCCAAUUUACAUCUCUAGUGGUUAUUUAGGCGAAACUUCCUAACUGCUAUUUAAGGCGGGUAAUAAAACGGUAACAUAUGAGGUUUGCCAAAUCAGGGAAAAAUACAAAGAAAUUUAAAAAACCUAGACUGUCCCCAGCUAUUUAUAACAUCCAUGAGGGCCUCCGGACUUCUUCAGAUCAACCUGUGCUUAUCUGCUGCAUAGUGUACUUUGUUCUUCAGAAUAUAGGAAAAACCCAUGAUUCUCCUCCCAACCUACCACCUCUUCCUUUCUUCCCUUCCUAGCUAAACACUAAGAGAGAUAUGAGGCAGAGUCGAUACUCAAAGCAAGAGACUGAUCAGUUAAUGGAAAUUGAUGACCUUAGUAAGCUCAAAGAGGAACCUCAUCAUCUUUCUGGUGCUUAUAUCCGUAGCCUAGUGAAACAACUCACCUCUUCAAGAACCAGAGACACCAUGAACCCCAAAGACCUCCUUCAUUGUGGCACCAAAUUUAGGGAAGGAUUUAGUGAAACCCAAAAUACACAGCAACCCCAACAACCUCAACAGCACAAAAAACAAGUUAGGAGGAGACUCCACACCAGUAGACCAUACCAAGAAAGGCUCUUAAACAUGGCUGAGGCUAGGAGGGAGAUUGUCACUGCUCUAAAGUUUCAUAGAGCGGCUAUGAAACAAGCCAGUGAACAACAGCAACAACAUCAAGAAGAAGAAAAGCAGCCACAAUCGCAACAAUUGCUGCCUCAACCCCACUACCCCUGUUCUGAGCCAGAAGGAAGGAUUAAAUCUAGGAGAAAUCCUAGAAUUUACCCAUCAAAUUCAACCAAUUUUUAUGAAACUCUGCCUUACUCAUCCAAUCUUUCUCAUCAAUAUUCCUCUUUCCCUAAUCAAUUUUCCUGGAAUUCUUCGAGAAUUCCUCCUCCACCUCUUUAUGAGAAUUUCGAUUUCAAAGCUCUUCCAAGCCAGACCCUCGGCCUGAAUCUCAAUAUUAAAGAUUUCAACAACAUAAACACUACCCUUUACCACAACAGCAAUAGCCCCCCAUUUCACUCAACCUCAGGCUCAGGCUCAGGCUCAUUCUCAGCUUCGACCUCAUCCCUAUCAUCAUCUUCUUCCCCAAGUCUCUCUAUUGCCACUGAUCAUGAACUUGCUGGUUCAUCAGCUGCAGUAUCACGCAUGGAAAUGGAGGCCCCUGCAGUAGCUGAUGCUGACGACUCUGGCAUCACCACAAGCGGUGGAGAUGGAUUGCAUGCAGCAAUGGAUGAUGAGGAGAUGGCGGAGAUCAGAUCAAUCGGAGAGCAGCAUCAGAUGGAAUGGAAUGACACCAUGAAUUUGGUAACUUCGGCAUGGUGGUUAAAAUUCUUGAAGGCUGAAGAUGAUGAUGGAUACCACCUUCCAUUUGAUGAAGUCCUGGAGUUUCCGGCCUGGUUGAAUGCAAAUGAGGGCAGUUUUCAACAGCAUUUGAAUGAUUACUACUCAGCAGACUAUUUUCAAGAUCCUGCCUUGCCAUGCAUGGACAUUGGAGAAUUUGAAGGUUUUGAUGGUGAAUGGCUAGCUUGAGAGAAUGACAAGGAUUGAUGUUUUUUAUUUAAUCAAAUCUUUGGCUAUUUUUUUAUUUUCCAAUUCUUUACAUACUUUGUAUUCCUUCCUUCUAGUUUCCUUUCAUGUUGAGGAUACAAUAAAGGCUUUGCAAUAUAUAUUAAAUUUGGCAAGAGCCAAGGCCAUGGAAGAAAUAAUGAAGGAAGAGAAGAGAGGGGAGUGUCCUGCCUUUUGUCUUUUUGCAGCUUGAUAUUAUAUAUUGAAUAUUUGAUGCAGUUGUGUAAAUCUCAAUCUUUCAGGGAUGUGGUUCUUCCGCCAUAUUU